UCGUGAAAUAAUGAUAUGAAUGUACUGAGAAUUAUCAAUGAGCCAACUGUCGCUGCUAUUGCUUAUGGCUUAGACAAAAAGGUUGGGGCUGAGAGAAAUGUGCUGAUUUUUGACUUGGGAGGUGGCACUUUUGAUGUGUCCAUCCUCACAAUUGAAGAUGGAAUUUUUGAGGUCGAAUCCACAGCUGGAGACACCCACUUAGGUGGAGAAGACUUCGACAACCGAAUGGUCAACCAUUUUAUUGCCGAGUUCAAGCGCAAGCAUAAGAAGGACAUCAGUGAGAACAAGAGAGCUGUCAGGCGUCUCCGCACAGCUUGUGAGCGAGCUAAACGUACCCUCUCUUCCAGCACCCAGGCGAGCAUUGAGAUAGAUUCUCUCUAUGAGGGAAUCGACUUCUAUACCUCCAUCACCCUUGCUCGAUUUGAAGAGUUGAAUGCUGACCUUUUCCGAGGCACCCUGGACCCUGUCGAGAAAGCCCUUCGAGAUGCCAAGUUAGAUAAGUCUCAGAUCCAUGAUAUUGUCCUGGUGGGUGGUUCUACUAGAAUUCCCAAGAUUCAGAAGCUGCUUCAAGACUUCUUCAAUAGAAAAGAACUGAAUAAGAGCAUCAACCCUGACGAGGCUGUUGCCUAUGGUGCAGCUGUCCAGGCAGCCAUCCUGUCUGGAGACAAAUCUGAGAAUGUUCAAGAUCUGUUGCUGUUGGAUGUCACUCCUCUAUCACUUGGGAUUGAAACUGCUGGUGGAGUCAUGACUGUCCUCAUCAAGCGCAAUACUACCAUCCCUACCAAGCAGACACAGACCUUCACCACCUACUCCGACAACCAGCCUGGCAUGCUCAUUCAGGUUUAUGAAGGUGAGCGUGCCAUGACCAAGGAUAACAAUCUGCUCGGCAAGUUUGAGCUCACAGGCAUACCUCCUGCACCCCGUGGUGUUCCUCAGAUCGAAGUCACAUUUGAUAUUGAUGCCAAUGGCAUUCUUAAUGUAUCUGCUGUGGAUAAGAGUACAGGAAAAGAGAACAAGAUCACCAUUACAAACGACAAGGGCCAUUUGAGCAAGGAAGACAUUGAGCGUAUGGUCCAGGAAGCUGAGAAGUAUAAGGCUGAAGAUGAGAAGCAGAGGGACAAGGUGUCUUCCAAGAAUUCACUUGAAUCCUAUGCAUUCAACAUGAAGGCAACUGUUGAAGAUGAAAAACUGCAAGGCAAGAUUAAUGAUGAGGAUAAACAGAAGAUUCUUGACAAAUGCAACGAAAUCAUCAACUGGCUGGAUAAGAACCAGACCGCAGAAAAGGAAGAAUUUGAGCAUCAGCAGAAAGAACUGGAGAAAGUCUGCAACCCAAUCAUCACCAAGCUGUACCAGAGUGCAGGGGGCAUGCCAGGGGGCAUGCCUGGGGGCUUCCCUGGUGGGGGAGCUCCUCCAUCUGGUGGUGCUUCCUCAGGGCCCACCAUUGAAGAGGUUGAUUAAGCCAAUCCCAUUGUAGAUGCAGCAUUGUUCCACACAGUAAAAGAUGGAAGGACCCAAAUUUGUAGCAAAUUCUGUGGCAGUUUUAAAGUUCAGCUGCUAUAGUAAAUUACUGGGCAUUCUCAAUACUUGAAUAUGGAACAUGUGCACAGGGAAAAGAAAUAACAUUGCACUUUAUAAGCACUGUAUCUAAGUGGAAAAUGCAAUGUCUUAAAUAAACCUGUAUUUAACAUUG